ACUCCUACUUCCCUUUUUUGGCUGAAGAUGCACUCUUGUGUUUUAGAAGAGCAGUUUCCCAGAUAUUCUCACUGGACCUGGUGAGAGCUGUGUACUGGCUACUGUGAGAGCAAGAGCCAGCUUGCUACCUGUGAGGAAAUGCCUCCGGCAGUCUCUCCCUGGGUGGUCUUCACGCUGCUGUGGCUGACUCCACCGGUUGUGACUCCUGUCAGUAGACAAUAUGAAACUGCACCCAAAUCUGUGAUUUCUCUUGAGCCUCCAUGGACCACUUUCUUUCAAGGAGAAACAGUGACUCUGACUUGCUAUGGAUUUGGCUUCAACUUACCUCAGAAAACAAAAUGGUACUGGAAUAGCAAAAUAGUAGGAGAAAUUCAAGGACACACCUUCAAAGUGCGCAUGUCUGGAGUGCACCAAUGCCAGGCCGACAACUUACAUCUAAGCAUCCCUGUGCACUUACACUUUUCUAAAGAUCCAUUAGUGCUUCGAGGUCCACCUGCUGUAUUUGAGGGAGAUUCUGUGGUUCUGAGGUGCCAUGCAAAGAAAGGGACAUCACGAAAGACCCUGACAUUUUACAAGAAUGGUGUCCCUCUGGAAUCAUCUGGUCAAAGUUCUGAGCUUGCUAUUCAGCAUGCAGAUCAGAGGGCCAACGGUCAAUACCGCUGCACUGUGAAGGAGACGUUUUGGUCCAAAAUUUCUUCCAAUACAGUCAGAGUCCAUGUCCAAGAAUUAUUCCCACGUCCUGUGCUGAUGGUCAGACCGUCUGAGCUCACAGACGGAAGCCCGGUGACACUGACCUGCCGGACUCAGCUCCCUGCACAGAAGUCAAAUGCCCAGCUCCAGUUCUGUUUCUUCAGAGACCUCCAGGCUCUGGGGUCAGGCUGCCGCAGCUCUCCAGAGUUUCACAUUCCUGCCAUAUGGACUGAAGAUGUAAUGCCGUACCAGUGCACUGCAGAAACAAUGGAUGCCCAAGUAAGCAAACGAAGCCUGCCAAUCAAAAUGACUGUGCAGAGAGCUUUUGCAGACUUCCAAAUACACAUCAUUCCAGCCUCAAGGUUAGUGUUUGAAGGACAGUUGCUGCUAUUCAACUGCUCAGUAAAAGGGGUCCCAGGGCCCAUCACACUUUCCUGGUACAAAAGGGACAAGUUGAAUAAUAAAACAAAGAUCACUAAGUCCUCAGAGGCAGAAUUCACGAUCUCCAGGGUAAACGGCAGUGAUGCGGGGGAUUAUUACUGUGAAGCCAGCAACAGUCGCCGCAGCUUCGUCAGCAAGGCAGUCACCAUCACCAUAAAAGUUCCAGUGGCCCGCCCUGUCCUCACACUCAGGGUCCCUGGGGCCCAGAAUGUGGUGGGUGACGUGCUAGAGCUUCACUGUGAGGCUCUGGGAGGCUCUCCUCCAAUCCUGUAUCACUUUUAUUACCAAAAUGUCACUCUGGGGAGCAGCUCAGCCCUUUCUGGAGGAAGAGGGUCCUUCAACUUUUCUGUGACUGCAGAACAUUCUGGAAGCUUUUUCUGUGAGGCUGACAACGGCCAGGGGCCCCAACGCAGUGAUACUCUGGCUCUGAGUGUUAUAGACACAACCAAAAACAGAAGAGUUCCUGUGGCUGCUGGAGUCGCUGGGGGACUGCUCGCCGUGGCUGGCGCAGCUGCUGGUGUGCUGCUUUAUUGCUGGUUCUCUAGAAGAGCAGGGGGAAAGUCUGCCUCUGGUGACUCCAGGAACCCUUCAUAUUCAGAACCCCAGGAGCCCACCUAUUACAAUGUACCAGCCUGUAUAGAACUGCAGCCAGUAUACAGCAAUGAACCUAAAGAAGAAGUGAUUUACACAGAAGUGCGGUGCACCCUACAGAGAUGUAAACCUGCAGUUCAAAAGUCUGAAAGUCCAAGACCAAGAAACCAGACAGCUGAAUAAAAAAUAAAGACAAGUCUUCUCGAAGUGGCCAUAAAUACAGUGAGUCUGCUGAUACCUGUAGCACCCCCCGUGGGCCUGCCAGCUCUGCUCUUACCCUGAUGCUGUGGCCUCUUGGAGUCUCCUGUUAUCUACUCUCAGGUGAAGCUGGCAAGUACCCUGGCUCCUGGGAUGCAGAAGUCUACCUCCUCGGCACUCAAAGAUGAGUUCACAAAUCCCCCAGCUCCUGCCUCCACAGUGCAGCUUAGCAUUCUCCUUGGGAGAGAGAACACACUGCAGUGGGACUUCAGCACAUCCUGAGCUCUGUGUACCACGUGGCCAGGACUCGGAACCCUACUGGAUUCCCACCUAUCACUAGACUAAGUACUGCACAUGGUAUUUUUGUAAUCUAGUGCUAUUUUUUUAUCUAGUGAUAAGCUGCUCUUGACCUAGGGAAAGUCAUAUGUGCUGGCUUCCUCAAUGAGCGUCAGUUUCGAUGGUUGUUGCUUCCCCUCAAUUAGGACUGCUUGACUGUAGCUGGAAGCCAUGAUCUCGGGUGGGGUACAUGGUGUCACAACCAUUUGGCCCUCAGUACUGCUCUACCAAGUGAGAAGCACCCACUCUUUGGACAAUGAACUCAUGAUGAACUCUUUACAGCUGAGCUGCAUUUCACAAUCUUUUAAUUGUUUAGAACUUAAGGUUUGUACCUGAUAUCAGUGUAACUCUUUUCCUGCUCAAGAGCUAACCAUCCAAGUCAAAUGAAUACUCCAUGCCGUAAGUCUUUCAUAACCUGACAAAAGGAACCCCAUAAAGUCAAGAUUAGGAACACCAAGGAUAAAUCAAUGCAUCUUCAAUCAGAAAGUACUAUGUAAUUGUGAAUGAACAAUGAUAUUGGAUUCGAUGUGCCUCCCAAGGAACUCAGAAUCACCCUGUUAUUCCUUUCUCCUGAGUGAGAAUGAGAGAAAAUCUGUGGGAAAUCUUGUUCACCAGGAAUAAAGGCUUCAGAUCUCCAUGUGCUUAUGACCACCCAAGAAUCUUAUGGACAUGAAAGAGAUCACCAUCCAGAUCUGGGUAGAACCUGAGACUCGUCAUCUUUAAUAAGUUUCCAUACAGUGCUGAUCCUUUAGUCCUGGGAUCAUAUUGAAAGCUGAGGCCCCAUAGGUCUUGACAGAGACUAAUGAAGCAGAUCUGGCUAUCUUCUGCCAAACUCCACAGGGCAUGUUCACAGGGAUAACACUCACAUUCAAUGCCCGUGAACCAUCCUUUGGUCAAAAGCACUGUGGUGGUUUGAACAAGAAUGCUUGGUCAUCAGGGAGUAGAACCAUUUGAGAGGGAUUAGGAGUUGUGGGCUUGUUGGAGGAAAUAUGUCACCAGGAGUGAGUUGGGGGGAUUCAAAAGCUCAAGCCAUGCCCAGUGAGUCUCUCUUUCUGCUGCUGAUGUAAAAUUCUCAGCUAGCUCUUCAGCACCAUAUCUGCUUGCAUGCCACCAUGCUACCUGCAGUGAUGAUAAUGGACUAAACCUCUGAACUGUAAGCAAGCCCAAAUUAAAUGCUUUCUUUCAUAAGAGUUGCUGUGGUCAUGGUAUCUCUUCACAGCAAUGAAACACUAACCAAGACAAGCACCCUCAGAGAACUCUGAGAUAUCUUGGGUUUUUCUAGCUCUCCUGUCAGGGAAAGGAGAUUGAUACCAUCUUUGUUUCUCUGUGGGCCUCAUACUCAGUUAACAAUUGGUGAAUGAAUAUACCUUCUAUUGCUCUUUCCACUUCUGAGAUGUUGCCCCCUCUCAUUGUGCCCAUCAUACAUUCUAUUGACCUCUAACCCUGUGGAUCAUUGUUUUAGCUCUUUUUCUCUAAAGAAGCAAACUCCAAAAAAUGUGAGUUUGUAGGAGAAGAGAAGACAGGAGAUGGGAACAAAGGGGUGAUGUCCAUGCUCCAAUUCCAGGAAAAUGGGAGUGGCAUAGUAGUGUAAGAGGUUAAAAAGAUUUUAAGGACAUGUGGGCAGAUAAAACACACAUUAUUUACUUCAAACAAAGGCUGCUAGAUAGGCAGCUACACACAGGCACAUGGGCACAGGCAGGCACAUGGGCUACACACAAGCAGGUAGCACACAUGGUGGUAAGUACAUAGGCUUGCCAACUGGUGUAAGAGGGUCUUCUGUCUAUGUGUUACUUUCAUUGGUCAAAUAAAGAAACUUCCUUGGCCUUUUGAUAGGACAGCAGCUUAGAUAGGCAGAGUAGACCAAACAGAAUGCUGGGAGAAAGAAAUCAGAGUCAGGCAGACACCAUGGCCCUGCUCUCCAAGAUGGACUAGGUUAGAAUUAUCCCAGUAAGCCACAGUCACGUGAUGAUAUACAAAUUAUUAGAAAUGGGUUAAUUAAGAUGUGAGAGUUAGCCAAGAAGAGGCUAGAUAUAAUGGGCCAGGCAGUGUUUAAAUGAAUACAGUUUCUGUGUAAUUAUUUCGGGUAAAGCUAGCAGGGAGCCAGGUGAUGGGAAGUGGCCCACUGCUACUAUUUUACUACAGAGUGGCUGCCCAAUGUGGUCUACUAACUCCACGUAAAACCUGAGAGGGCUUAAAAAGGAGAGAGAGAGAGAGUUGAACACAGCUUUUUGCUGUUUGUGGGUGGCAUGCCGCAGAGAGAAUUCCCUGACUCAGCAGCUUUAUAUUUAAAAAAAAAACUGUGCCAUUUUAAAGUGAGGCUUCCUGGGCCCUGGCACCAGUGCAAUCUCUGGCUAUGGAACAUAACAAAGGCAAAACCAGAUCUCAACCUCUAGAAUCACAAUGGACCUGAUGUUUUUUGUCUAAACUACAAAAUUGAGAAUCACAGAGGCCCCCUCCCCUUGGUUAUGAUGUAUGUUCAGUUGACCAGACACUUGACCAAAUGUUAUUCUAUGUGUUUCUGUAAAAGUAUAUCUGGAUUACAUUAAGAUGUGAAUUAGCAGAAUAAAGUGACUGCUCUACAUAC